CUCCCAUGCCGAAAGGCAAAGAUGCGAUGCGACGGCGCGGACCCAAUUUGUUCCACAUGUUUGAGGCGAGAUGUGAUAUGCCAGUAUACCACUCGGAAAACUCGUGGUCAGGGGAAAAGAUGCGCGUGUUUUUCAGAUAUUUUGUUUUAUUAA